CUUGAGCCAUGCUGACCGGAGACUUUAUUCAUUGACAGAUGCGGUCUAGGAUGCUAUCUGUGACUUCUGCCAGUGCAUCACCAUUCGAGCAAAUUUUCCAGCUUGUUUCUGGUGAAUCUUCAGGCCGCAUUGCAGUGAACUUGCUCAUUUUCAAUCAUUUAGCUGCUGUCAUUGUUUUUGAACACUCUUUCUACGUUUUCGACCAGCGACGCCAUCUUCAGGACCAGCAGGAAUCUGUUCCCUCUUAUCAUGUCGCUCUCGAGCGAUAUAUGGUGUCUCCGCAUGCAAUUGCUGUCAGGGACGCAGUGAACACUGCCGUUCACCCAUACCAAGAACCUGUGGGCACUGUCGUCCACACAAAUCAAGGAAACUCGUCUAAUUGGAAAGCAAAGCUACUGUUUGGACGUUUCCGGAGGAAGGACAGACAACCUAAGGAUUACUCGGGUUUACUCGAAACAAUUCUUAAAAUCACUUUAGAACAUCGCCUGCCACGACCUUGAUGCCAGUCAAUGAAUCACAACGUAGGUGAUGCUUGGAGUCAUAUUCUGGAGGCAAAUGAGGGUUUCAAGAAUGGUCUGUCGAGGGCGGUUCAAGUUUUGA